AUCAAAUCAAAUACAAAUCAAAUAUCAAUCUCAUCACUGUGUGCACCAUUUAUUAAGUGGUCACCUGAUCUGGCGAUUGGCGCUGUCCGUACUUUCUUAUCGCCAACGCGGUUAAAUCGCGUCAAUCCAACAAACAAAAACUAAUUCGAAAUAUCCAAUUCACAGAACACUAUAAGGAUGCCCCCUAACGCGCCUUGUGCCAAUCCACUUCUGCUCCAAUGGAUGCAGGAGUGGGUUGAACAAGAACGAGACCGUAAUUCAAGAGGCCUGCUGACUUAUAAAAAUGCCUUUGCGGCUCUCAGGGCAUGUCCAGUGACCUUCCAACACCCUUCUCAGGCGCAACAGUUGAAAGGGUUUGGUGAGAAAAUCUGCAAACGCUUAACAGAGAGAAUGGAGCAGCACUGUCGGGAGAAUGGCCUGCCUAUGCCUAAGCGCCCUAGGCGGUCGGCUGGCCAUGGCUUGGUAGGCCAGAAUGACGGAGACCAAGACCAAGACGAUGAAGAGAGACCGGCCAAGAGACAGAGAAAGCCGAAGCCGUAUGUGCCUGCUCUUCGUUCUGGUCCAUAUGCUUUGAUCCUCGCUUUGGCCACGCUAGAAGAAGGUUCGCGCAGUGGAUUGUCAAGGUACCAACUGGUUGAAAGGGCACAACCUCAUUGUGACGCCUCCUUUACUGCUGCGGACCCGGGCAAAUUUUAUACAGCUUGGAACUCGAUGAAAACCCUCUUAGACAAGGACCUCGUUGAAGAGCGAGGUAGGCCCACGCGCAAGUAUAAUCUGACGGAGGAGGGGUGGGAUGUGGCUCGACGGAUUCAACAGACUAUAGAUCCUAAUCAACCAGUACAACCAGCUCCACUAGCAAGGCCGGAGGUCGAUGUUGAUAGUGCCGAACCUGCCCCAACUCGCCUUGUCAACAAUAGAUCACCUUCGGUGGAAGUAGAAGAUCGGCCUAGAGUAAUAUCAAGUUACGCAGACGUCGUUACCGAUGGAGAUGGAGAUUCUUCGUCCGAAAGCUUGGUCCUGCCGAAAUUUAGGCCUAUUCGGCUUGCACCAGGGACUUUUGACGUACAUUUGGUAUUAGACAUUCGCGAAGUUCGGGCAAAGACCGACAGAGACUAUAUGCAAAACGAACUAUCAAAGAAGGGCGUCAAUCCGAUAAUGCGCGCCCUCGAACUUGGCGAUGCGCUCUGGGUUGCCAAAUGUAAAGAUGCGAAUUUCCUUUCUCGACUUGGUGCUGAGGGAGACGAGAUCGUCCUUGAUUACAUUGUGGAAAGAAAACGGCUAGACGAUUUAAUUGGCAGUGUCAAGGACGGCCGGUUCCACGAACAAAAGUUUCGCUUGAAGCGAUCUGGAAUCCAAAAUAUCGUCUACAUCAUCGAGGAGAUCUCGUUAGACUCCGAGGUGCUAGACAAACGUGCGGAGAUGGUUCAGUCCGCCAUUGCGUCGACGCAAGUGGUUGAUGGCUUUUUCGUCAAAAAGACGCAGAAGAUAGACGAUACUAUUCGAUAUCUCACUCGCAUGACGAUGUUGCUAAAGCGGCAGUACGAAAACAAGCCUUUACUAGUCAUCCCUACCGAGGUCCUUACUGCUCAGAACUAUCUCCCACUCCUCGAGCAUCUACGAAAAGAAGAGCCAAGUGCUGGCCAUCAUAUUACCUAUCCCGCAUUCGCCUCACUGGCCUCAAAGUCCGACAUGAUGACGCUUCGAGAUGUGUAUCUGAAGAUGCUGAUGACCACCAGACAGCUCACGGGAGAGAAGGCCCUCGAGAUCCAGAAGAGGUGGAAGACGCCGUACCUUUUCGUCAAGGCCUUUGAGGGAUGUGGUCGUGGCGUGGAUGGCAAGAAGAGGCAAGAAGACAUGGUCUUUGCGCAGAUGGGAAACUUGUUUGGGCGCAAGAAGAUCACAAAAUCACUCAGUCAAAAGAUUGCCGAGGUCUGGGGUGAUACGUGAUCAGAAGUGGCAGAUAUGCUGAUGCUUAUUCACCAUUGUCUGCUUCAGCUUCAGCAGGCCUUGGGCUGCUCUUGGUCUCAAGGGAUAGUAUCGUGUCUGAUACCCCACAUGGGGGAGGUUCACUCUGCCAUCUCAUCUUAUACAAACGACGUGGUGUAACAGUGUGUUUAAGAAACCAAAAGUCAAUAAUACGUUGUAUAUGAGCUAAAAGUCUUUUACCUCCUAUAUCUCGGGUUUUCUCUCAUCUAGUAAGAUAAAGUCAGAAGCAUCGGAGGCUUCUA